CCCAAAACUCCAAAUUUCAAGGGGGAAUGAAAAUGGCGGCGAGCGCCGUACUGAAGCACUUCCGCCGGCGCUCGACGGAGCUCUCGGUCUCGCCCGCCGGUCUCGCCGCCUCCUUCGAAUCCCCGUCGCUCGCGAGCUCGCAGCGGCGCAGGGCGUACGCCGGCGGCUCGCGGAACGGGGCCGGCAACCGCGGCGGCGCCAGGAGCAGCUCGAUCCCUUCCUCCGAGCCCUCCCUCUCGCCGCCCGCUCCUCAUUGCCGGCCGCGGAAGGACGGCUUCCUCGCCUGGUACUUGGGCUCGCUCGAGGCUCGGCCUCUCGUCACCAAGUGCGUCACGUCCUCGCUCAUCUACGCCGCCGCCGAUCUGACUUCCCAGAUGAUCACAUUGCCGCCUUCUAGUUCUUUGGACCUGAUACGAACGCUGCGGAUGACCGCGUAUGGAUUGGUUAUCUUGGGGCCUAGCCAGCACACGUGGUUCAACACCGUGUCGAGAGUCCUACCGAAGCGAGAUAUGGUGACCACUAUGAAGAAAAUAUUUAUGGGGCAGGCGAUAUAUGGACCUUGCGUUACCACGGUCUUCUUCUCAUACAAUGCGGGUCUACAAGGUGAAACUUUUGGUGAUAUUGUUGGCAGAUUGAGGCGAGAUCUACUGCCUACCAUGAGAAAUGGCAUUUUAUUUUGGCCUAUUUGUGAUUUUUUCACAUUCAAGUUCAUCCCUGUGCAUUUACAGCCAUUGGCGAACAGUUCUUGUGCAUAUGUAUGGAGCAUUUAUUUAACAUACAUGGCAAGCUUGAAAAAAGCGAGUUCUGACUGAAGAUGGGAUUUGUGAACUCCGACUGUAUACAUUGUUUGUCUACAACUCAGGAAACUGAAGAAAGGAAACAAUUAGCUUGUACCAAGUUCAAUCCUUGUUGACAGCGCAAUCAAUCUCCAUGAAUGGUGGGGGUGUAAGAUUCAUUUAGUUAUGAUACAUCAUUUUUAUUAAACUGUGUACUUUUAUCAAUUUAGAAAGAAGAUUCUGUUAAGUUUCAGCAUCCAACCUUGUCAAAUUUCAAGAGCUGUUGUAUCAUUUUGUUAUCAUCAAGAAUCAAGUAUGCACUGGCUCUGUUGUUUUUUGAUGACCUUGGUAUCCAAUGAUGUGAGCAACACGGAGCUUGAUUCCCUCUGGACUGAUCGAGAAGGAUGAUGAAACCAUGCGCAAAAGUAGCACAGAACAGUGGCAGCAACUAGAGGUUGUUGUACUUUUUAUUAUUUGAUUUUUCAUUUGGCCUCAACUGUGUGGGUUUUGUGUAUUUAUUACUCUUUCACCAUAGAAAAUCAAUCACCUAGCAAUACAUAUAUUGCUGUUACAUUUU